AUGACGAUCAAACAGGAAGCGCAAGUGGUGCUAGCGGACCCUGCUCUGCUUGAAAAAAUUGACAAAUUAUUCGCCUGCAAUGUGGGAGAAUACAUCAACCUACCACAAUUGGUCGUUGUCGGAGAUCAAUCGAGCGGAAAAAGCUCCGUCUUAGAGGGCUUGACAAAAUUGAAAUUCCCCCGGAACAGUGGUCUGUGUACUCGAUUUGCGACGCAGAUCAUAUUUCGCAGAGAUCCUAACUUGAAAGCGCGGAUAAUCACUGGUUCCAUCAUCUCGGCAGGACACGAGAAUGGAAAUGCAAAUGCUAGUUGGAGCAGAUCUGAAAUUGAGUCAUUGAAUGAGAACGAAUUCGAGAUUAUGAUGGCUGAGGUUCAUGUGGCGAUGGGCCUAUCAGCGUCAAUGGAGGACGAACUGCCUACAUUUUCUGCCGACGUUCUUCGGUUGAAGAUAAUUGGACCUCAUGAGGAUCAUCUUAGUGUCAUUGAUGUUCCUGGGAUUUUCAAAACGACAACACCUGGCUUGACUUCAAAGUCAGAUAUCGCCCUUGUGAGGGACAUGGUGCUCAACUACAUGCGCAAUCCUCGAUCAAUAAUGCUUGCCGUUGUUCCAGCCAAUGUGGACCUUGCAACACAAGAGAUAAUCGAAAUCUCGAGAGAGCUAGACCCGAAUGGAACGAGAACCUUACGGAUCCUUACAAAGCCAGACCUUGUCGAUAAAGGUACAGAAGACAAGAUCAUUGAACUUGUCGAAGGGAAGCAAGAGUCUCAAGAAUUAGGCUGGGUGGUAGUUCGAAACCUUGGUCAGAAGGACCUCCAGGACUCUUCAAAGAUCCGUGAUGUCGAAGAAGAGAUAUUCCGCAAUUCGCCUCCUUGGAACCGUAUCUCAAACGAUAAUUACGGUAUCGAGGCUUUGAGAACGCGGUUGCAAGCAUUAUUGGCUUCUAACGUGCGGCGAGAGUUUCCGUCGGUACGAUCUGAAGUCUCGAAACGUCUCAAAGAAUGCAAAAGAAGCCUUGCAAACCUCGGAGAAGAGCGUGAAUCCCCCGAGCAACAGAGCAAAUAUCUGCUCGAAAUCGUGUCAAAGUUUCAGCGUAUCACUGAGGAUGCUCUCCAUACAAACCAUGGAUCGCAAGAUGCUUUUGACGACGAAGCUGAUUUACGAUUGGCAACUCUAGUUGCCAAUCGUAAUGCACAGUUUCCUGAUGACUUUUCUUCUCGCGGCCAUGUAUACUGCUUCAACUCGCAUGGCCAUGACGAUGACUCUGAAAAUCAAUCAAGCACCACUGCGACCUCUGCCUGCGUUGGCAUAGACUUUCACGAAGUCGAAGAGGAACGGGAGAACUUUGUCCCCAACAGAAAGCUCAAUAAUUGCAGCGAUAUCGAAGACAUUCUUCAUGACCCUGUUCAAAUCCAAAAUUCUCUGGAAAAGGGUAUUCUCCCUUGGAUCGAAAAGCUCUAUCAGGAAUCCCGGGGCUUUGAGUUGGGAACAUUCAAUUCGGCCAUCCUUUCAACCGUGCUGAAGAAACAAUCUGCCAGAUGGCCCAUUCUGGCGGAAGGCUACAUUUGUGAUGUCAUAUCUAUGGUUCACAUUUUUACGCGUAAGGCAUUGAAUAUAUCCUGUGGAGAUCAGAGGCUUAGUCAAAACAUCCUCUCAUUUCUGAUGGAAGACCUCACUGAGAAAUAUCAACAAGCCCUUUCAAUGACGGAUUUUCUCCUUCGAAUUGAAAGGGAAGGAACUCCAAUGACCCUAAAUCAUUACCUAAAUAGCAAUUUGCAAAAAUGUCGCCAGGAACGCAUCACAACUGCAGCCCGGGGGGUAUCAGUAGCCGCCAAAUCUGAGGACCAGCCUAGAAACCACUAUGUUCGGCUUUCUGACCUUAAGCAAAUUUACCACAUGAGUAAUUUGCAACAAACUGUGCAAGACAUCCAUGAUAUCUUGAAGUCGUACUACAAGGUCGCUCGAAAGAGGUUCACGGACAAUAUGUGUAUGCAAGCGGCAGACUACCAUUUGGUAACCGGGCCUGCAGCGCCUAUGAAACUCUUCUCCCCUUCCUGGGUCUAUAACCUUUCACACGAACAAUUGGAACAGAUUGCUGGGGAGGAAAUAUCGGUCCGGAGGAAGCGUCGUCAGUUACAAAAGCAGGUGAAGGAGCUGGAAACUGGUCGAAAGAUUUUACAUUAA